AUGAGAUUUUCUUCCGUGGUGGCCCUCGCUACCUCUGCUGCUGUUGCCGCCGCUAAAGAUGUGGCCUGUGUUGUUGAUGGUACUGCCGUUUCUACCGUCGACCUCGACACUGGUGACUGUCAAUUCCCAAUUCCUGACUCGUUGCCAGUCAGCUUUGAGUACACUUCUCCUGAAGAGUACAAGACUGACUUCUACUACACCAUUGCUCAAAACUUUAGAUACUUCAACGACAUUGUCAAUGCCGGCCGUAUCAUCUCCGUGCCUGCCAAAUCUUUGUACGGUUCUGACGCGGCUCCUUUGUACCACGUCCACGCCGAGAAGUCCCCAGCUUCCAACUCUACCUUGAAGAGAAGACUCGAUGCCUACAAGAGAGAUGGAGCCUCCGAUUUGGCUGACUCGUUGAAGACUUUGGACGGUACUCCAGUCGAUGGUCACAAGUUCCAGGUGCUUGACAUUUCCUCCGCCUCUGGUUCUAGCGUGACUGCUGCUCCUGCCACCUCCACCGCUACUGAAACUAACACUCUUAUUGUUACCAUCACUUCUUGUUCCGACAACAAGUGUUCUGAGACUGUUGUUCCAGGUAAGGAGACCGUUACCACCGUCACUGUCAAUGACGAGGUCACUUCUUACACCACCGUUUGUCCUCUUACCGAGGAGGCUACUUCCACCAAAAUUGUGACCAUCACCUCUUGUAACGAGGACAAGUGUGUCGAGACCGCCGUUCCAGGUAAGGAAACUCUCACCACUGUCACCGUCAAUGGUGAAGUCACCUCUUACACUACCGUCUGCCCACUCACCGAGGAGGGUACCAGCACCGAAGUUGAAGGUACUAGCACCGUCUUUGUUACCGUGACUUCUUGUGCCGACAACAAGUGCUCUGAAACCGUUGUUCCAGGUAAGGAAACCCUUACCACCGUCACUAUUAACGGCGAGGUUACCGCUUACACCACUGUGUGCCCGGUUUCUGAGGAGAAGGAGAGCACUGUCUACGUUACCGUCACCUCUUGUGAAGGCAACAAGUGUGCUACCUCCAUCAUCCCGUCCACCGUGGCCCCAGUGACCGUCCCAACCGGUUUCACCAACAGCUCCACCCCAGCCACUGCUGCUCCAGCUACUGAGACUCCAACUACUUUGGCUCCUGCCACCGUUGCCCCAAGCACCGGUGCUCCAGCCACUAAGGCUCCAGCUACCUCAGCUCCAGGUACCUCUGCUCCAGCCACCAAGGCUCCUGCCACUGAGGCUCCUGAACAGGACACCACUUCUACCGUCAUUGCUACCGUUCACCAAAGCUCUGCCGCUGCUGAAGCCUCCUCAGUUUCCACCUACGAGGCUGCCGCUGCUGGUAUGUCCAAGUCUUUCUUGGCUUUGGCCUUGAUUCCAUUGGUUGGACUCUUCUAA